CCAUGGGAAUAAUAUUAUCAAGAUUUCGCAAAAAGAAAACCACUAUCGAAAUUUUAGAAAGUCUUGAUUCGAAAAUUAAAGAGAUCGAGAGAUAUGGGCACACGACAGAACAAAGGCAUAAAAGAAUUGUUGGCACACUCAUUUUGUAUAGUGUGAUACUUUAUAUAAUAUCAGCAUUCAUUUUUUAUUUCUGCUUCUUUCCUGCAUCGUUACACGAUCAAAUAUUUUAUAUCAUUCCAUUAUUAAUUUUUCCUAUUGUAAUAUUGCUUACAAAAAAGAUGGUUACAUGGUAUUACAAACGUAAAAUCUCUGAAAAUCAAGAAAAAUUGAGUGUAAUGCAAUUGGAAAAAAAGAAAAUUCUAGAUGAAGUAACAGAAACUGAGACAUACAAGAAAGCUAAAGAGAUUUUGUUGAAAUUCGCUCCUGAUCAAUUAAAAAUGACACCUCUGUCUCCCCAGUCACCUUAUAGAAUACCACCACCCUCAGAAACUACCGAAAGAUCUGUUUCACCACAAACUAUGUCAUCCCCAGUAUCUAGUUCUGGAGAACUGAGAAAGAGAGUACUGACAUCUCAAAAACAAGUACUAAAUGUGCAAAGGGGUACACCUAGUAACACUGGCCUUGUCCCAGUUGGCGUAGCUCCCAUUCCAACAUCACCCAUUGGCUUCCAGAGUGGUGUUAGACCAGUCACUCCAGUUAUGGGUUAUCGACCGACGUUACCACGGCCGAUAUUACCACGUGAAAGGAGUUAUUUAGAAUUGUUAAUCGACUACAUGGUGGGUGAUGGUCCGUCAAACCGGUAUGCAUUAAUUUGUCGUCACUGCGAGUCGCACAAUGGAAUGUCAUUAAAAGAAGAAUUUGAAUAUUUUGGAUAUAAGUGUUGCUACUGUAAUAGUUGGAAUCCUCCAAGGAAGCAGAAAUGUGCUGCACCCAGACUGGAGCCUACUGAAUCAUCGAGUCCAACAGAUACAGACUCAGAUAUCGAAGUAGUUGAAAAUCCAGCAGAUAUAGAAGAAAUUGACAAUACCACUCAAGAGGUCAAAAAAGAGUGUGAUGAACCAGAUGCUGCAGAACCCGAGAAAGAAAGAAAAGAAAAAGAUACAGAAGACACGUGUGAAGAAACUGUUGAAAAAAUGGAUGUUGACGAAUCUUUAUCUUAACAAGAUCACCUUUUCAAUGAUUUUGUGACAAAAGUACGUGGAUAGGUACAUGCAUAUAGCGAAGCUGUAAAUACUAUGUUACUGAUGUAGUCUUUGAAAAAAGAGAUAGUAUUUGCACAAGCUAUAUUAAACAUUAUAUUCUCUGAUUCGAAUGUAAGAUCAUUCCAAAUUGUUCUUGUCUAAUUCUUAUUAGAAUUUUACAGAGCUACAAAAUGAAGCGAAACGAUCACAUGUACUUGAAAGAUGUUGUUGAGACAAUGUCCUAUGAACUCCUUGAAAAGGAAUUUGCUUCAUCUGCCUGUUGGCGAUAUCACGGAGCUUCAUGUUAUAUAGAGUGUUUCACCACGAUUGAGAAACCUAAAUAUCUGCUUUGUGUUUAUUGAUACAGCGAAAUUUAUAAGACAAUUUUCACAAUUUUGGUGGAGGAGUACAAUGAAACAAAUUUUAUUACGAUAUCAUUUUCAUUGAAAUUUUCAAGAUCCUUGAUCAUUUUUAUAUAUAAUUAUGUAUAAUAUCUUUUUCAAACGUUCUUGAAUGCAUUUCAUAUGCGACACAAAUUUAUGUGUGCCGUAUUUCUUCGUUCAUGCUGGUCAAAUUAUGUUUCAAACAUUUUUCUGUAUCAUUGGAAACAGAGAUACUUGGGUGGUUAGGUGAAACAUACUGUAUAUUGACAAUUUUUUAUAGAUCAUUUAUUCUUGUAAAGAAUACUUAAAUUAUCUGAAGCAUUAUAAAGAUGCCAACGUUGAAAAAUUAUAGUCAAUAAUCCAAUUUUAUGCAAGACUGCUUAUCUUGUGAAUAGUGGACAUUAGUAUUUAUAUUAGAUGAAACUGUUUUUUUUCCUCUUCAUUUAGAAACUUUGAAUAAAUUUAAUUUUCCUUUACAUUUUUAUUAUUUUCAAUGUAAAACGAGUUCUUUCGUUCAUUAAGCAAGCGAUCCUUUUCGAAUUUACAAAAUAUUGCUGAAAUGUGAAUAGAGCGCUCGACUAUUAUUUUGGUAGAUUAAUUACUAUUGUAAUAUUAUAUAUUAUAGGUAUAUAUUUUUUUUAUAUCUA